AUGGGCAAAUUUCAGUUAUGUGUUGAGAGUACGGUGCGGGAGGUGAACAGCCUCCUCUUGUUUCACAAUGUUCACCCACAGGUCCGUGCGGAUGUGCAGCGACGUCUGCAGCGCCUCGUUCUCCGCGUCCAGGAUCAUCUGGGAACCCUCGUACCAGGCUACUGCGAGGCCGCAGAGGAUGUCUGUGCAGCCGUGGUACGAGGGGUUGUCGAUGAUACGCUCCGAAACGUCCUCCCCGGCGUUGAGCUCGCGUUGGAGGAGAAGCGCUGUGCAGCGUUGGAACAGCGCACGAGAGAUCUUGAGCUGGAACUGCGCAAGAGCGAAGCGCAAUGCCGUGAGUUGGAGGGGACCCUGGAGCGCUUCCGCAAGGCGCAUCAGUUUAUGUUGCGUUGUUACUUCCGUGAGGUCCUCGUGCUGCGGUACCAGCUUCACGACGCCUUGUGGAGGAGGCGGCGGUCACACCACCUCCAGCCGCCGAGCGAGCCCGCGUGUCUGCCUCCCCAAGAGGUUCUAUCACGCGGUACAUCCUUCGUUCUCCCUGAUAGCGGGGUGCAGGGUGCGGGGGACGCGGUGGAACCGUUACGAGUGUCGCGAAAUAUGUCGCUCUCGGAAACCGCCGCGGAGGGCUCCACACCGAGUGGAAACGGUGACGCCGUGGCUCCCCCUGACACCCAGAGCUCCGUGGCGGAUGGGGCGGCGCACGAAGUUGCGUCGUCGGCUGUGGCAGCCAAGGGCGCUGCCGCGGCGCAGAAAACAGCGGCCAGUCCAGUGUCGGGAAAGCCGGCGCCUCUAUUCUUAGAGCUGCUACGCCCCUCACAGCCAAGUGCCGCAGCGGCACCGGCCACGGUAGUACACCAGGCAACCCCGAAAGAUACGCCAAAAGCGGCGGCAAAGCCAACCACAAGGGGUAAAAAAUCACAUACCUCGGCAGUGAAAGCAACACCAGAUGGGGGAGUUUCACAUACCCGGGUGGCAACACAGACCGUGCCGUUUUUGGGCGAUGACAGCGUGGACGCCAUUUUUGAUUAUGAGCGGUACAUCCGGCAGCUGAAUCGCCUUCGGAGGAGAGGAAGCGGAUCAUCGGCCGAAAGCGAGGUGACCGCAAUAUCCGCAAAGAAAGCCGCAUUGGAGAAGUACAGGAGGCAGCAGGCGAGUGGGUUGCAUUUCAUGCAAAGACAGCUGAUGGAGGCACGGCAACGCACCCCAAGCGCUGCCUGGAGUAGACAAAGAGGAAAAAGCCGGGGACUAUCGACGUCUGAUUUACGCGCAACUGCCUCCUCGAUGGAUCCAGUGAGGGAAGCGCUACUGGAGGAUCUCACUGGAAUUUAUCGGGCCGUGCAACAGUUGCAGGAGCAACAUUUCAAAGACGUGAUGGAAUUGCAAAAUGCGAUAGAGUCCAUUGAGUUAAAGGUCGGAAUUGUACUGGGAUUCUUUGAGACAUAUGUGGAAGAGGUGGGUAGGCUGGCAGCCGCCUUGGCAGCUGAGGAAGACACGGUGAGUAGCACCUUGAGCGGUGCACUGACCGCAGAGGACGAUCCAUACCGGCGACGUGUGGUGAUGGACUACUUCACUGUUGCGGCCUCCACGGGGGCGUUGGAGGAGUCGGUCCCAAAGGAAGCAGGCGAUAAGGCAAUACAUGAACUGGUGAUGCAGCAACGGCGGCAACAGCGACGAGAGCAGAUUAGCUUCUGGGAAAACAACCCUGUGACCUUACACGCAAGGGCAGCCUUUGCCGAACUGCAGGCGGCAGCAAUGCGGAGGUGGGAAGAAGCCCCUCAUCGGCGCCCGAGAAGAACAACAAUUGACAUGCUGCCAGCUAUACUGCGUGGCGACCCGAGUAAUUUUUCUAUAUUUACAUCUGGUUCCAAAAGCCGAAGUGAACAUGAAGAAGACGUCACUUCCUUGCCGUCACUUACUCAGGAAAAUAAACUUAGGGCUCUUGUUCGACUUCGUAUGCAGCGUAUUGCCUACCGUGCUCGUCAUCGUGGACGGUUGCGUCAACUUGCCGAGGCAGCACGUAUGGGGAAGAGGGGGGAGGAACUAGAUAGAAUACUUCGCGAGGUUUCGUCCCACGAGCAAACGGUGGAAUGGUUGACACGGGCGAUUAAUAGGCUGUUGCGUGACUUGGGUCUCUCCACGGCCGAUUCAGUCUCUGAGCGGAAAUUCUUUGCGAAAAACCUCGCCUUUUCUCCGUAUCUGUGUGAACCCACAGGGGAAGGGCAGGGGGACGCAGGAAACGAGGUGGUGUAUGUGCCUGUUCCCGUGAAUGCACGGGAUGCAGGAGAGUUGUGUGCAACACUAUCUUCCAAUCAAUAUGGCUACGUCAUUUUCAAAAACGAGGUUAUUCCCAUUGCCAACGUGAAAUAUCACCAACCUCUCGGUCUUCACAAUGCAGUGGAGGCAUUUGGGGGAAGCAGAGAUGCCGCUGCAAGAGCAACGGCAGCAGCGGCAGGUGGAAGAGGUCCGCGGCGUGUCGUCCCGUUUCACGGCACUGUGGUUGACUACUAUCGUGGGGUGCAGUUGGGCCGCCCGUUAGGCGAGAGACAGGGACCCAUGUAUGUAUUCUGGGAUACAGAACAGGGGUCCUUUUUUGUGGUGGAGGAGGAGGAGGAGGGGGUCGAUGCUGAAGGAACUCCAACGCGCCGGGCACCGCUACUGCUGGGACGGCAAGGAGCUCAACAAAAACUGGAGCGACAACGCAACGUCCACUUCUCAACGACUUUGAUAGCGCCACCUCUUCCUGAACCCGAUAGCGUAGUGCCCGCUGUGAGUUAUGCAUCACCUCGCCCCGCUAUAUCACCCAGGGCUGUGUCGGAGGUAGUGCCACCGCCAGUAAUAACUUAUUCAGUUGAAAAGAAAACGCCAGCCCCUCUUCUCUUGGAGCAACAGGGACGGCGCGAGCUGCCACCGUGUUUUCCCACGGCACCGUUCACAACUCGGCCGGCUCAUCCACUGAUAGUUGAACCAAACAAGGAGGAGAGGGAGUUACUGCGAAUCGAGUCCCUGUCCGCGCGGCGGGCUGCGGGAGGGGCGAAGAAGGAGACACCUUCCUCAAGUGGCGCAGUUACCGCGCUGGCACGUCUUAAAGGCGCAGAGCGACAACGCCAAAAAGAGGCACUCGCGCUGGCACAGCAGACAGGCAGAAGGAAUGAAGCACAGAAGCCAUCGAAUGAACACUUCUUGCGAAUGCGGUUUCCAUGUAUCCCCUCGUCACUGUCGCCAGCUUCCGAGUAG